AUGGACGAGGCGCGAUCGCCCACGCCGAACCAUGAGAACCGCCAGAGGCUGCCGAAUCUCUUCGAGGUGCUGUCGCGCCGUACACUCGCUCCAGUCGAUCUUUUCUCCUUCUACAUUUACAUGCGCGAUGUCCAACGCAGCGUCGAUUACCUUGACUUCUGGCUCGAUGUCUCCCAACACAUGUCGCUAUGCCGACACUACGUCCGCGAAUUACGCCGAUCAGUCCUCAUAUCCACACCCGAACUCGACAAAUCCGGCUCGAAGCGGUCAUCGCAGGUUCUCGACAACUACAAUGGCAACGGCCUCGAGCGAACCUCCUCCGAGCAGGGCCCGAGCGGUGCCUACAUCCGCGAGAAGUCGAACGACAGGCAAACACCGGAUCAGCGACUGUCUGCUUUCUUGAGGAACGACAAUGGCAGUGGUCACAGCCCACAGAACAGCACAGGAAGCAGACAGUCGGAGGGCAACACUCCCGGCAGCGAGCAGCCACCGAGACCCAGCUUCAUGACCGGACUGUCGAAUUCUCCCAUCGUAAACAGCAACAACAGUCCCGAGAACCGAGUCGCGCGUGCCGACAUUCGAGCCUCUGCCGAGAAGAUCCUGUACACUUUCCUUCUGCCCGGCGCAGAACGUGAGAUCAUUCUACCACAAGGAAUUCUCAACGACAUCACUCACGCAAUCGAGCGCGAAGGCCGUGACGAUCCAGAGGUGUUUGACGGAGCUAAGGACUACGUCUUUCAAGCCAUGGAACGCGACGCAUUCCCAGGCUUCCUCAGGCAGAAGGCACUGGGCAACAUUGUGCAGCCUUCGUUGAUGCUGCGUCUGAUUGUCGGCCUAGUCUCGAUGUUUGCAGCAUUCUGGGCUGCCUUCAUCCUCAUCUUCCUGGACAAGAACAGAGCCACCCGAUGCUGGUUGAUCCUACCCUUCACAGUCGGCAUAUAUCUCCUUGCGUCACACCAGUACAUGCUGGAUCCCCUCCUUGCUUUGCUCGGUUUGAGCGAAUAUACCUUCUUCAGCUUCGCGCGGAUAAAGGAGCCAUUCAUCAGGAGACUUCUGAUAAAACGAGCUCUGAUGAGUUUGAUGUACAUCCUCAUCAUUGAUGUUGCUGUCCUUUGUCUUUUCAUCUUUGUCCCAGGAAAGCGACUCUGA